AUGCACCUGCCCGGCUGCUCGCCAGCCAUGGCCGACGGGAGCUUCUCGCUCGCUGGCCACCUGCUCCGCAGCCCGGGCGGGAGCACCUCGCGCUUGCACAGCAUCGAGGCCAUCCUGGGCUUUACCAAGGACGACGGGAUCCUAGACCCCUUUCCUACAGAGAGGGAUUCCAGGGGCGCAAAGGAACGAGAUCCCAGGCUGGGCGCUCGGCCCGCCUGCCCCAAGGCGCCAGCGGGAAGCACUGAGUCUUCCCCACCGCCAGCCCCCGGGCUGGUCCCGGAAUACGAAGCUUCUCGCCCCUGCUACCCUAAGGAGCAGGGAGAGACACGGCCGAGCCCAGGACUGCCUGUUGGGCCAGCAGCAGGUGACUCGAAGCUACCAGAGGAGGAACCUCCCAAGAAGAAGCACCGACGUAACCGCACAACGUUCACCACGUACCAACUGCACGAACUGGAGCGCGCCUUUGAGAAAUCCCACUAUCCGGACGUGUACAGUCGCGAAGAGCUGGCCGGCAAGGUUAACCUACCCGAGGUGCGGGUCCAGGUUUGGUUCCAGAACCGACGAGCUAAGUGGAGGCGGCAGGAGAAACUGGAAGUGUCGUCCAUGAAGUUGCAGGACUCGCCCCUCCUCUCCUUCAGCCGCUCUCCGCCUUCCUCUUCUCUGGCCCCGUUGGGGACCGGCCCGGGAAGCGGUAGCGGACCUCCCGGGAGCGCCCUGCCCCUGGAGCCUUGGCUCGGGCCGCCGCUGCCGGGUGGAGGUGCCACAGCGCUGCAGAGCCUGCCUGGCUUCGGGCCACCGGCGCAGGGUCUCCCGGCCAGCUACACGCCACCCCCGCCCUUCCUGAACUCCGCGCCCCUGGGCCCGGGUCUGCAGCAGCUCGGGCCACCGCCCGCCUAUACGUGCGCUCCGGGAUUCGGGGACAAGUUCUCGCUGGAAGAGGCUUAUCCGCGCAACAGCAGCAUAGCCGCUCUGCGCUUGAAGGCCAAGGAGCAUAUCCAGGCCAUCGGGAAGCCCUGGCAAGCCCUCUAG